AGGCACGAUCGUGCCUACCCUUGCAGGCAUGAUCGUGCGUGGCUGGCAGUAGCUGCUGGUCUGCGUUCAUAUGGAAGGGGUAAGUCGCCCAACCGUUGAAAGAUUUUCCCUGACCAUGUUAAAUCCAACAAUAGAUCACCAGUGGCAAAUUCUAAGUAGAACUGUCGGAAGGGCGAUGCAGAAUUUUCAGAAUACCUGAAUAUAAUCAAGAGCCUCGAUUCCGGCCUACGUCCGAAGUCGUCGAUCCAUAGAGAAUACGAGGCAGGCAUCUAGCAUAGCUGAAUCAAGAGGAUUAUUUAGGUCUUCGUCCACUGUUUUGUUAUUGGAUUGGGAUAUCAGACUUUGAGCACGAGCAGAGGCAACCAUGACCGAUUAUGUUCAGGAGCAAGAGAUGGAAAUUGAAGCAUUAGAAGCUAUCCUUAUGGAUGACUUCAAGGAACUUCACACGGGUGAAAGUGGACUAAACACAUCCAGAAGAUGCUUUCAGAUUGCUAUAUCCCCUCAGGAGGAGGAAGCAGAUGAACCUACAAACUCAUCAGUUCGGCUUGCUUUGAUUUUUGCACACACUGAAAGGUAUCCUGAUGAGCCCCCACUUUUGGAUGUCCAAAGUUUAAAGGGAAUUCAAGGCGGAGACCUUAAAAUUUUGAAAGAAAAGCUUCAACAAGAGGCAACUGAGAAUCUUGGUAUGGCAAUGAUCUUUACAUUGGUCACAUCAGCGAAAGAGUGGUUAUCCGAACUAUUUUCCAAGGAUGCUAAUGAUGAAAAUGCUGGGGAAGCUGAAGUUGCGAAAGAUGAGAUAGUUGUGCCUCAUGGAGAACCGGUGACAAUUGAAACAUUCUUGGCAUGGAGGGAAAGAUUCGAGGCAGAACAGGCCCUCGAAAGAGCCAAGUUAAUGCCAGAUUCAGCACUUUCAGCACCCAAAGAGAAGAAGCUGACAGGCAGACACUGGUUUGAAAGUGGAAGAGCAUCUGCGAAGGGCGCAACGGCUGUCACUGCUGAAGAGUCUGAUGAAGGCGAAGAGGAUAUUGAUUUUGAUGAUGAAGACUUUGAAGUGGAUGAGGAUGACAUGCUCGAGCAUUAUCUUGCUGAGAAAACAGUAUCACCCUCCCAUUCGUGAUUUGUAAUUGUUGACCAGUUAUCAUGUAUUGCUCUAAAAAGCUCUCCGAUUCUUUUGGGGUAAGUUUUUUUAGCCGGUAAUGUAUCUAAUGUAUCUCACUCUGGUUCUAAAGCUUACAUUAUUUAGAGAGCGGUUUGGGGACUCAUCCUUGAUAUUCAUUCAUUUUGAAUUUUGAUAAUCGUAAUGUUCGUUAAGAAUAUUGAAGAUCAAGCACGUAUUUAUUACGGAGUAUUUGUUUAGGAAGUAAAAAAAUCCCAAUUGUACUUGUUUUUGACAAGUGGAGGAUGAAACUUGAUCCCAAUAUCCCAUAGUCGUUAAAGCAGGGGUGCAUAUGAACAUCUCUUGAUGUAUUAACUAAUUAACAAGUGAAUUUCUGCUUUUAUUUUUAUUGAAAUAAUUACACAUUUAUAACUUAAAUAAAGGUUAUUGAUAAAAA